AUGACUAACACCACUUAUGAACAGUUGGGGGACCUCAAACGCCGAUCCAUCUUGGGGGCGAUUCCCGCCAAGUGGAGACUUCAGAAUCCUAUCCCUCCGGCGGAUGAACUUCGUGAUGUGACCGGUGCCUAUAUUCAGCAGUUCUUGACCCCACGAGAAAUAGAGAUCACUGGGACGGAUGCGGCGGGGAUUACUGAACAGACAACGUCUGGCAGUUGGACCGCUGUCGAAGUGACCGAGGCGUUUUGUCACAGGGCUGCCCUUGCUCACCAGCUUGUGAACUGUCUGCAUGAGGUGUUCUUCGAUGCUGCAAUCGAGGAUGCAAAAAGACUCGAUGCUUACUUUGCCGAGCAUAAGAAACCAAUCGGACCGCUGCACGGUCUGCCUAUCAGUUUGAAGGAUCAAUUCCAUGUCAAAGGUGUCGAGACGACGAUGGGAUAUAUAGGAUGGAUUGGAACGUUCCAAGGCAAAAAGGAUGAUCCGAGGCGGGGCACAUUCGAGAGUGAACUCGUCAAGGAGCUUAGGAAUCUCGGAGCGGUACUGUACUGCAAGACGAGUGUGCCUGCAACAUUGAUGACGGGUGAAACUGUCAACAACAUCAUCUCGUAUACAUGGAAUCCUAAAAACCGACUUCUAUCCAGCGGAGGUAGCUCGGGUGGUGAAGGAGCACUGAUCGCUUUGAAAGGAUCUCCCAGUGGCUUUGGAACUGAUAUCGGCGGGAGCAUACGUAUCCCAGCUGUGUUCAACGGACUUUUUGGACUCCGUCCAUCGUCUGGAAGAAUGCCCUAUGAGGGCGCUGCAAACUCAAUUGACGGCCAGAAUUUGAUGUUAUCGGUUGUUGGGCCACUUGCAACUACCGCACGUUCUCUUACACUACUGUUCAAGGCUGUGCUCAGUCAACAGCCAUGGUACCAUGACCCACUCGUGCUGGAGCUGCCCUGGAGGACGGAUAUUGAAGAGAGGACUCGAGCGCUGAUAAGAAAAUCAACUGAGGGUUCUUCUUCUCUUGCAUUUGCUAUUAUGCGCCAUGAUGGCAUGGUCCAACCUCAUCCACCCAUAGCGAGGGCUGUCGAGAUUGUCGAGCAAGCUUUGAAGCGAUUAGGCCAUAAGUUGAUCGAGUGGAACCCCCCUGCCCACAAUGUUGGCACAGACCUAUUUGGUAGGAUCUGCGUGGCUGAUGGUGGAGCGGACAUAGCACACCAUCUUGGGUUGUCUGGAGAACCAAAAUCUCUCCAAUGCAUUGUGGGGGAGGGAAUCCCACACCUGAGUGCUCUAGAACUCGCUGCACUCAAUGUGGAAAAGCGGCAAUAUCAGAAGCUUUACAUGGAUUACUGGAAUAGUACGGCGGAAAUAACGGGUACCGGGCGCCCUGUCGACGGUGUAAUCUGCCCAUGUGCGCCGCACGCUGCAGUACUCCCCCAUAAGUAUGCCCAUGUUGGGUAUACCGCGUUCGUUAACGUCUUGGACUACACGAGCGUCGUGUUCCCGGUUACCCAUGCAGACAAAAAGGUUGAUGUGCCUCAGCCGAGGGAUGAUUUCCUGAGUGAGGUGGACAAGACAGUUCAUGAUCAAUAUGAUCCUGAAGCUUACGAUGCUGCUCCUGCUGGGGUUCAAUUAGUUGGGCGGCGACUGGAGGAGGAAAAAAUACUGACCUUAGCAGACUACAUAAGCCAAGAGAUGCGCUUACAGUCUGAAACUAGCUAG